CCACCACCACCACACCACACCACUCCCCAACCAUCGACACCGGUGUAGACAGCUAGCUUGGUCAUCAUUACCGCGCCGUCGUUUCAACCUCGAUGGCGUCGGUUCCGGGUGAGCCCCGUGCAAGGCGGACUCAUGCUCGCCGAUCAUGCGAGCUGUGUAAGGUCCGCAAGACGCGUUGCGAGCUGCCCGACCUCGACGUUCCUUCAUCGUCCACACCUCUCGCACCAGAAAAGUCGUGCCACCGAUGCCGUGUGCUCGUCCUUCCCUGCGUCGUUGACGACAGUCGCAUGAAGAAGCGCAAGAAACGUGAUGACACCUCGGCUCGCGGUGGUGGCACCACAACCGCCAUUGGUAGCCGGCCUUCGGUCGCCUCCACCUCCACAAAGGCCGCCGACAACGCCAACGAGCCAUCAACCAAGAGACAGCGGGGCGGCGCUGGCGGUCAGAAUGGCCAAGGUGGCAGUGGCUCCUCUCAACCCGCUCAGGACGAACGAUUACAGGCACAAGCACGCACGAAUCCUGUCAACCACUCGGUCGACUUUUCGCCCGCCUUCCCUGUCACCGCUGAUCCGCCCUCAAACCAAUUGUGGGAAUCGUCGUCUGGACAGGAAUCCGAAACCAAACCUGCUUCCCAGCGGCACACUGUUCGACUGCAUGGGCGCCCGCUGUCUCUGACCAGCGCCAUGCUGAGUGUGGCUAGUCGUCAGAUGUUUAAAGGUCUCAAACGGAAAAUCGUCGUCGUCGACGAUCUGGACCUCGACACGACUGUCGAUCAUUCCCUGCGAAACAGGCUGGCCCCAGGGUACGCACAACUCCGGACUUUCCACCCCCAUCUGCAGCCCCUGGACGAGCUCUUCUCAAUGUCUCGCAACAGCGUGGAUCCGUCCGUCAUCCUCCUGGCUGCAUCUGCCCUUUACGUGACAUCGCAAUCACUCCCUGACGACGCGGACGCCAAACGCAUGCGAGUCGCCCUCGGUCCCUCCAUUGGCCACCUUCAACACCACAUCCUUGUUCAGCAACCUUUCUCGUUUCAUGCCAUCCAGGCACUCGAGAUUCUGUCUCUCCAUGCUCCCUUUGCGCCUGUCCUGCCAUUCCAGUUGACAGACCCACGCACCCUGGCUCCCGCCCGCGGCCUCUCGGGCAUUGCCACCAACAUAUCUGUGAGCCUCAAUUUCCAGAGCCUUGUCAACUGUGGCAUCGACCGUUGGACCAAUCCGGACUUCUGGUUAUGGCUUGGCAUGUGCGCGGGGGCGGCUCAAAUGUCCCUCGAGGAUGAACGUCCGCGUAAACUCGCCCUUUUGACGGACGCCCGUUCGGCGUCGGCGAGCUUCGUAGCUCCCGAGAGUGACGGACUUUGGUCGUCCGCGGCCACUAGUGACGACCCCGCAGAGCUGUUAGGAAAAUUGGCAGUGUGCGACCGGCUGGCCCGACUUGAAGAGCUGCAUGACGGCAUCGGACGACUACGUGGCACUCUGGAAACGACAGCGGCCGUUCCGAACUUCAACGCCGUUCAAACUAUUCUCGACGAGUUUGAAUACUUUACGCGGCGCAUGGCAGCAAUUGACAAGCGCUAUGAGGAGAUCCUUGCAAUUAUCUCGCCACCGCUCGAGUUGUCGUCUGGAUGGGCGGCGUAUCGCACCAUUCGGCGACGCUUUGAAUUUAUGAAGGAAUAUAUGACGGGUUUCCAAGCUUUGGUUGCCCUUCACUUCCUCCCCGGCUCGGCGAUAGCAAUUCCUGGACUUCCCCAGGGACUGGGAACGUACCAGAUGGUCCACUAUGCGCUGUCCCGCUCGAACGACCCCGCCGACAUCAUCUUUGCGUAUUCCACCCGUUCCGCCGGCGCCGAUGAACUGCGUCGAGUGAGCGGCCUCAGACAAGAGCUCGCCGAGCAGCAACUGUUGUCCUUCAUCGAUGUCUCUCAGAGCGUCAUGGCGAGCGACAGGCGCCCGGCCGAUAUUAUACCGCUUCACGAUGUCGUGGCUAUCGUGGUCGAGUCGUGCAAGGCCCUCGUCGAGGGGCAGUCAUCGAGACUGUCCUAUCUGAGAACAAUAUACGGUCUACCGACAUCGGUGUCCAAGCCCGGAUGGCUUCGGACUCUCUCUCAAGUGACGACCGUUCUGCGGAGCAUGGGUUUGCUCUGCGUCGACAGCGAAGCCAGUGGCGGGGAAAGUAUCGCCAACGGCUGUAGCAACCUUGUCGGAUCGAUGGCUCGAGCAUUGACAGAGUGGAUAUCCGUUGUCGAGCGUGAGGCCAACUCGUCCCAGCCACACGGCCAAUCCGACCCACUAGGAGGUGGACUUGUACACACCUCACCGACCCAAGCCUCGGCGACAGCUCAAUUCUCUCAGCAACAGUCGAGGCCGCACACUGCUAUCGGCGUCUCGGGCCCUCAAAACAUGGUUGGAGGCGUUGCGGCUGGUUUCCAGUCAUACAUGCCAACCUCGGAUCGAUGGAUGGCGAGCGACGAGCCAGACGGCAGCCUUCCACCUGGCUCGGCGGGAGGUCCCCACCCGCCACCGCCACACGUCGCCCCUGGUGGCCAUGUCAUUCAACAAGGUGGCGAUCAUCCUGGUCCCAGAGAUCGCCCGCAAGGGAGCUAUCAGCCACCUCAAGGUUUGCCUCAACCUCAUCCGGGGCAGAUGGCGCACCACCCUAACCCCGAGUCACAAGAAUCGGGAUCUUUCGACCACAUUUUGUCUGAAAUGUUUGGCUACGGGUACUCGACCCUCAAGCGCAGGCUCAGGCGCAUCACGCUCAGGCAUCUACUCAUCACUUGGCCCCUCCAAGCCCAUACCAACAACACCAGCAGCACACGCAGCAUCAGCCUCACCCCCAUCAACCUCAUUCGCAGCUCUCGCCUGCUCCUCGUGUCACACAUGAUCCACACGCGCCUCCUCACCACCCCCCACCACCCCCGCAUCAUCACCCACACCAUGCGGCACCCCCGCAGCAAGCACCACUCCCGCAACACCAGCACACACACCAUGUUCCGAUCAUCCCAGGCCAAGGAUUCAUGGACAAUAAAUCUCUAA